AUGGAGCACAUGAUACCGAGGACAAGGUCUGCGAAGCAAUCAAGACGGGAAAAAGAUCAAGUCAGACGAGCCCAAGAUAUCGUGAAAGGUCCGGGACUCAUAUGGCGUGAACUCAUGACGGACAAGCAAGUCGACCGACUAGUCAAUAGCCGCCCUCCGAGUCUGGACAUCAAAGCCGCAUUGGCACACAUUCUAAAACUCGACAGGACGGUUCAAGCGUAUCAAAGAUUCGUUACCGGACGAGAUAAGCUUGCAGUCCUGGCGCGCGAGAUGGUCAAGGAGGAACUUCAGGACACAGGUUUAGCGAGAUGGGAUGUUCUCAUGAGGACAUUUGCAAGUCAUUCUCACUUUAUCUACGAGUACAUCACGGCACACAUCGAGCGACUGGAAGAAGUAUGGAUCAUAACUCCAUUGACUAAUCUCAUGCUGCAGCACCACUGCCCUCGCCAGCCAAGCAUGUCCUACACCCGUCGAGAAAUGGUGGACUUUGCGAAAGUGUUCGACGGACAGUGGCCGGCGGUGAAACAAGCACGACUCUCCCAAGACUUGAUGAAAAUCGAGUACUUGUCUCGAUUGAACGCUAAUGUUCGAGAACGUCUGUCUCACGCUACGAUUCAAAUCCUCACUUAUCGUCCCGAGGUUGUCCUUUCGGAGGUGCUGACGUUGUGUUUUCGCCUUCCGUACAAUUGUGUUGUCAGGUCUGCACGUCCAGUUGAUUCGCACAAGGGGACGCUUCCUGUGUUCAGCUGGCCAGAUGUCGACGAACAACGGAUAAAGUUGAGUCUCGCUUGGAGGCAGGACAAUCUGUGA